ACCACUUGUUUUGUUUUAUACACUUCAGACAGUUAAUGUUGAAGUCAUUUUUUCGAAUAACAUAAUGAAUAAAUUAAAAAAAAAAGGAAUUAUUUAUAUAUCAUCAAUACCCAAAUACAUGAAUGUUAACAAAGUAAGGGAAUUGUUUUCUUCUUAUGGGAAAAUUGAACGGGUUUACUUACAGUUAAAAAACCAGGACACUGUUCAGUCCAAGAAACGGAGACGAAAGAAUGAUAAAUAUUUUUCCGAAGGUUGGGUGGAAUUUCAUAGUAAAAAAGUAGCUAAAAACGUUGCUACUGUUUUAAAUAAUACUCACAUCUCAACCAAAAAGAGAAGUAAAUUUUAUGAUGCUCUUUGGAAUAUCAAAUAUUUAUCGAGAUUCAAAUGGAUUCAUCUCAGUGAACGGUUAGCUUAUGAGAAAGCAGUUCAUAAGCAAAGAUUAAGAACAGAAAUUGUACAAGCUAAAAAAGAAGUUAACUUCUUUUCCUACAAUGUUGAUGAAAUACGGAAAUCAACUUUGAAAAAUGGAGUCAAGUCUUCGUUUUCGUUACCAGAAAUUAAACAGAGACAAUCAAUAUUGGACGUUACCCAAGAAAAAAAGCAAAUCGACAGCAAUAACAGUUAUAUUGAUUUAUUUGUAUAAUUCGCUAUCAAAAUGUAC